GAGCUACCAAUCACAACCCAGGGAAGCCACAGUAGCCACAGAGGUGACACGACUCUUUGUGAAGAGUCAGACAGCUACAAAGUCUUUUUUGCUUGUCUUGCUUAUUGUUCACCUACCUCCACCUCAGCUGACACAGCAGCAAUAUGCUGAUCACUCUGUUAUAUGCCCUCCUUGUGUCCUCUGUCAUUGCAACAGAGAACGACAGUCGCCCUCCCAGGCUGAACAACACCAAAGCUGCUGAGGCCUUCAUUGACUCUGCUGAAGUUGUGGUCAUUGGAUUCCUGGAGGGAGAAGAUAGUCAUGGCUAUAAGGAACUCAUUGUAGCUGCAAAACGUGUGGAUUCAGUCCCUGUAGCCAUUUGCACUGUGAAGGAGGUGUGGGCAGACUACGGCCUGUCCUCGGACACCCUCACCCUCUUCAGAAAGGCAGAUAACCACCAGGAGAACCUUGUUCUUGCUGAGAUUGAGAAGUUAGAAAGUGAUGGUCUUGUCAACUUCAUUACCAUCAACGAGGUCCGAUACAUCACAGAGUACAACCAAGUGACUGCAGUGGGUCUGUUCAAUUCAGAGGUGAAGUCACACCUCCUGCUCUUUGCUAAUAGGGGCAGUGAAGAAUAUACUGAGCUCAAGGAGCGAUUGGGAGCUCUGGCCCCUGAGUUCACAGGCAAGUUCUUGUUCGUGCUGAUUAAUGGAGCCCUGCAGUCAAACUUUCGGUCACUUGAGUAUUUUGGCCUCAAGUCACAGGAUCUUCCGCGAGUUGGCAUCUAUGAUGGGGACUCUGACAUGAAGUGGCUCCUACCUGAAGGAGAAAUUACUACAGAUCGAGUUCGGGAGUUUUGCCAGUCCUUCCUGCGAGGCGAACUGAAGGAGGUGAAGCAGGCCGGAGCAGAAACCAAAACAGAGCUCUAGGACUCAAAAAACACAUGUAAUUGUUAUACAUUCAUUAUACAUUCAUUAAAAAAAAAAAAAAAAAAAAAAAAAAAAAA